AUGUCAGAGAACUCAAGUCAGUGUGACAACUGUUCCUACUGCCUUUGAUAAGUCACCCAAACCGCAGAGGGAAAUCUGCAGGCAUUUUCAGAUGGUUCACGGUAAAGCCCCCUCACCCCAGAGCAGACGGUUGUUGGCGGUGGGGCUGGGGUACAGCAUACUGCGACCCCUCCCAGAUCCGUCGUUGCAGCUCUGGAAGGGUCAUGGCAUCCUUGUACAGGUACUUAUUUAAUAGAAGACACUGGAAGCUCUAAACAUCUGUUUGGGGUUCUUGUGCACCCCGGGGUGUGUAUUUAUAACAGGAGCUGCGUCCUCCGCCUGCAAAUGAAUGAGACUCAAACUCAACGGUCAGUGACCGCUUGCUGGUGGGACUGUCCACAUAAAGGGGUGUGGCCCUACUCGUGUAACUAUUAAUAAGGACUUAUUUCUCGGGGCCCAACAAGGGCAGCGCGGGAUCCAGUUAACAAGUUCGCGGGCCAAAUCGCUUCAAUUCCAGUGACUCGUCCCGCAGACCCACAACCCUCCCGGGACCACAUCCUCACGCGUGACUCGGGGCUCUGCUCGCUCCCCGCAAUUCCCAGUCCAAGCGCGAAGGGGAAGCGUGCUCGCCUCCCGCACUUGGGCGCGCGCCCCGGCAGGGAGCCACCAACUCUCCCCGCAGUCAGCUCGGACUACCUGGACCGUCAGGGAGAUCCCCGCCCCGCCACCCGCUCGGUUUUCCCUUCCUCCUCCUCUUCCUCCUCCGCUGGCCCCCCGCCUCCCGCCGCCUGCCUGCGCGGCUGCCGCCUGCGGCUUUGUUUUCCUCCCAGGUUUCACCCCCCACACGUGAUACUGUGUUUUUUUUUUUUUGCACAGAGCGUUUCGCAGAGCGAGCGCGGGGCGCGCGCACCUAUAAAUACCGACCCGGGGGCCGGGGAGCCGGAGAUCGCGGGGUCCCGGAGGGCCCAGCACCGAUCCCGCAGGCGGGCGGGCAGACGGCCAGCGAGCCAGCCAGCAGCCGCGCGCGUGGGCCGGGGCGGCGGCGCCCCCCGCCCGAGCACCGAGGGGCGAGCAUGGCCCGCCCGCUGGGGGGCCGGGCCGCCGCGCACGCCGCCCGCGCCCCGCGCCCUGCCCAGCCCGGGUCACCGGCGCUCGCGCCCGCCGCUUAGCACUCGGGCGCCGCUCGCUUCUCCGGGGGCAUCGCGGAAAUCUCGCCGCAGACGGACACAAUGGCGGCGACUGCCGCCACCACGGCCGCCACCGCCGGCACGGCCGUCCGCAGCAGCAGCACCAGCAGCGCCGGCACCGACGCCGCGGGCACCGGCAGAUUGCAGCCGCCGCCGCAGCCCCGGCCCGCGGCCGCAGCGCCGGCCCAGCCGCCGCUGCCGCCGCCCGACCCCCCCAGGAAGCCGCGCAUGGACCCGCGGCGCCGCCAGGCUGCCCUCUCCUUCCUCACCAACAUCUCGCUGGACGGCCGGCCGCCGCUGCAGGACGAGGAGUGGGCCGGCGGCGAGGACAGCAGCGCGGCCAAGCCCAGCAGCGGCUGCGGCGCGAGGACUCGGCUCAGCCUGCUCGCCGCCGCCGAGCGGGGCGGCUGCGGCGCGCUCUCCGCGGCGGGCGCGGCGGCGGCGGCGUUGGCGGCUGGAUCGGGCCCCUGCCUCCCGCCGCCUUCGCCGCUACCGCCGCUCGUCCCCGGCGGCCACGCGACCGUGCUCGGCCCUGGGGCUGCCCGGGGGUUCGCGAGCCCCCUGGGCGCCGGCCGGGCGUCGGGGGAGCAGUGGCAGCCGCUCCGGCCCGCGCCUUUCGCCGCCGGCGUUCAGCCGCAGCCGCCAGACGGGCCCGGGGACGCCGGGCCGGAGGAGCUGGAGGAGGACGAUGCCUUUACCGGAGUGCACGUGCCGGCGGCCGCCUUCCUGAGCUGCGGGACCCCCGGGGGCGGGAGCGGCAGUCGGGGCCGCCUCAACUCGUUCACUCAGGGAAUCCUGCCCAUCGCCUUCUCCAGGCAGACCUCGCAGAACUACUGUUCGCUGGAGCAGGCGGGCCCGGGGAGCGGCUCCAGCGCCUUCGAGCAGCUGCAGAGGUCCCGACGUCGCCUCAUCUCCCAGCGAUCGUCCUUGGAGACCCUGGAAGACAUUGAGGAGAAUGCCCCUCUACGGAGAUGUCGGACUCUCUCAGGUUCGCCCAGACCAAAGAACUUUAAGAAGAUUCAUUUUAUCAAGAAUAUGCGGCAGCAUGAUACCAGGAAUGGCAGAAUAGUCCUUAUCAGUGGCAGAAGAUCCUUCUGUAGUAUAUUUUCAGUGCUGCCGUAUCGGGACAGUACCCAAGUUGGAGAUUUGAAGCUGGAUGGAGGGAGACAAUCAGCGGGAGCCGUGAGCCUGAAAGAGAUCAUCGGCCUGGAAGGCGUGGAGCUGGGUGCUGACGGGAAGACUGUUUCUUACACCCAGUUUCUGUUGCCCACGAAUGCCUUCGGAACACGGAGAAACACCUUAGACUCCACGUCCUCAUUCUCCCAGCUCCGUACCCUGAGCCACCGCAGCCUCUCCAUUGGCCGGGCGAGCAGCACCCAGGGGAGCCUCGACACAGGUAGUGACCUGGGAGACUUUAUGGACUAUGACCCGAAUCUCCUGGAUGACCCCCAGUGGCCUUGCGGCAAGCACAAGCGAGUUCUCAUCUUCCCUUCGUACAUGACCACAGUGAUUGACUACGUGAAGCCCUCCGAUCUCAAGAAGGACAUGAACGAGACCUUCAAGGAGAAGUUCCCUCACAUUAAGUUAACACUCAGCAAAAUUCGGAGCCUGAAACGAGAGAUGCGGAAGCUCGCCCAGGAGGACUGUGGCCUCGAGGAGCCCACGGUGGCCAUGGCCUUUGUCUACUUUGAGAAGCUCGCCCUUAAGGGAAAACUGAACAAACAGAACCGGAAGCUUUGUGCCGGCGCUUGCGUGCUCUUAGCGGCCAAAAUCGGAAGUGACCUCAAAAAGCUUGAAGUCAAGCAUUUAAUUGACAAACUGGAAGAGAAGUUCCGGCUGAAUCGACGAGAACUGAUCGCCUUUGAGUUCCCAGUGCUGGUGGCCUUGGAGUUUGCCCUUCACCUCCCAGAGCACGAAGUUAUGCCUCACUACAGACGCCUGGUCCAGAGCUCCUAGCACAGGCCUCCUGGGAGGGCCAGGGACCAUUUCUUCUGAGCCCCGAGUGGUAGCAUCAUACUACUGGAAAUGCAAAACUAGAACUCGACAUAGCAAACUUUUUUUCCUGUCAACAUUUGUUUCUGUACAGAAGCCGUACCGGGAACUUUUCAGGGAGUCUUCCGUCUGGCCAGACGAGAUGGGCAGUGAGCUGAUUACUGCUCAACCAGGAAGGGGAGACCCGUUCAGAAGAUGGCUCCCCCCAGCAGGAGCAUGAGGCCCUUCUGGGACUCCCUCGCAGCCACACCCAGCCCUUGCAGGCGUGGUCCAGGGCCUUCUCUCCAGACCCGUUCCAACUCAGAGUGCGAAGUCCUAGAGCAGAUCGGGGAAGAGAAUUCGUGGAAGUAGGGGGAAAGCUUCUAGAAGAUUCCCUCACUGUAUCGAAAGAGCGUGCCAAUCUAUUUUUGUAGCUGCUGUUGGAAGUGCACUUUCCCUUGGAGGAGUGUUUGGAGAAGUGUGAGAGUCUGUGUGUUUGAGAGAUGCCGAAUCAGCCUCCACCUGCAAAGCCAGCCCCACCUGCGGACCCCAGCCUGGAGUCAUAUUGACCUUCGGCAGUUAUUUCUAGAUUAAUCUCUGGAUAACCAUCACUCUCUCCAUACCAGAUGGAUAUCCUCUGCCCAUAGAAAAUCAUAUAGUUUCUGUUCCUGCUCCCAUUACCACUAACGGGACAGAGGCGACUGUCAGACGGGCUGCGUGGAAAGGUUUGGUGUGCGGCACUGGGUACCUUUCCACUGUCACACCUUGUGUGUGCAUCGAACCUUUGCACUUUUCUCCUGUGGACAGGCUGGGGCUGGGCUCCGUGGUGUGUAUUCCUGUGCUCUAUGUUAGAGUGCAUCGCAGGCACAUUUCUUGUGCUAUCUAUCUAUAUCUAUAUGUAUAUAUAUAUAUAUAUAUAUAUAAAGUGUUUUAUAAAAUCCAGAAUAGGGGUAA